CGAGGAUUUUCCGAGCAAUUUACAAACGAGUGGAAACAAAUUUUGUUGUACACUUCCUUUUUGCUCUCAAAUUGUCUCAUUGCAAAACCCUAAUUCCUUAUAAACUAAACCCCUCUGGUUGCUAACAUUCAGUUUCGGACAUCAUCAAUGGCUUCCAUCAUCAAGCUUCGACAGCUUAACACUUUUGAUCGUCUACAUUUCACCUCCUCUCAUCACUUUCAGCCUCGACAUUUUUCAUCAAUCCUAAACCCCGAUUCCAACACCCCCCUCUCCAGCAAGGAUAAAUCACGCGCCGCUCUUACCCUCCUCAAAACUGAGAAGAACCCACAACGUAUAACCGAAAUCUGUCGAGCAGCUUCACUCACACCCGAAUCCCAUCUUGAUCGCUUAGCAUUUUCAAUCGCCAUUUCCAAGCUCACCGGUUUGAAAUACUUUGACGGUAUACAUAAUUUCAUUCAAGAGCUGCUUCAAACCCGACCCGAUUUGAAAAACGAGAAGUUUAUCGCUCACGCGAUUAUUUAUUACGGGCAAGCUGGGUUGUUGGAUCAUGCCUUCCAACUGUUUGAUAAAAUGCCUCAACUAGGUGUUGAUCAAAAUGCGAAAUCUUUAAACGCUUUGUUGUUUUCGUGUAUGCUGGCUAAGAGAUAUGACGAGGCGAAACGUGUUUAUCUUGAGUUUCCGGGUAGAUACGGGGUGAAGAUUAAUCUUGAUACUUAUAACACUGUGAUCAAGUCGUUUUGUGAGUCGGGUUUAUCGGGCUCGAGUUUUUCGGUCAUUGCUGAGAUGGUUAGGAAGAACUGCAAGCCGAAUGCGACUACGUUUGGUACUUUAAUAGCCGGGUUUUAUAAAGAAGAGAAGUUUGAGGAAGUAGGAAAGGUGUUGGAGAUGAUGAGGAAGUACGAAGUCCCUAUCGGGAUCGCAACGUAUAACACUAGGAUUCAAAGCCUCUGUAAGCUUAAGAAGACUGAAGAAGCAAAUGAGUUGCUUGAUGGGCUUUUGUUAAGUGGGAUGAAGCCUAAUUCGGUCACGUAUUGUCAUUUGAUUCACGGGUAUUGCAAGGAGGGGAAGCUGGAUGAAGCUAAGAACUUGUUUAACAAAAUGAUAAACAGUGGCUUUAAACCUAACAGUGAUUGCUACUUUACACUGAUUAGUUAUAUGUGCAAAGCUGGUGAUUUCGAAGCCGCGUUAACUGUUUGCAAGCAGAGUAUGGAGAAAGAUUGGGUGCCGAAUUUUUCGACUAUGAAGUUGCUUGUUGCAGGGCUUGCCAACAGCUCAAAGGUUCAAGAGGCAAGGGAGCUUGUUGAACAGAUAAAAGAAAGGUUUCCUAAAAAUCUUCAAACUUGGAAUGAAAUCGAAGAGCAUUUAUCCAAAUCGGUGGAUACUUGAGAUGGUAUGCGGAUAUGAAUUUAGUUAGUUGAUAAACUGUAUGAAAUGAAAAUGAGAUCAGUAGAAGUAGAGCUGCUUGUUCAUUUUGCAUUUGGUUCAAAUGAAGUUGCUUUUUUGGUGAUUGUUAGUU